GGUGCCAUGGUGUCGAUUGAGGCUUGGUUCAUGGACGACUCUGACGAAGAGCAGAGGAUGCCACAUAAACGAAACCCAAACGAACCUGUAUCUCUGGAGGAGUUAGAAAAGCUUGGAGUUUUCUAUUGGAAGUUAGAUGCAGAUAUUUAUGAGACAGAUCCUGUGCUGGAAAAAAUCCGUAAGGACAGGGGCUACUCUUAUUCCGACAUAAUCACGAUUCACAAGGAUACCCUACCCAACUACGAGGACAAGCUGAAGAUGUUCUUUGAGGAGCAUCUCCACCUAGAUGAUGAGAUCCGCUACAUCCUGGAUGGCAGGGCCUACUUUGACGUGAGGGACCGAGAGGACCGCUGGAUCCGCAUCUCCAUGAGCAAGGGAGACCUGAUCACUCUACCUGCAGGCAUCUACCACAGAUUCACUCUGACUGAGACCAAUUACACUAAAGCCAUGAGACUGUUUGUGGGAGAGCCUGUGUGGAAAGCCUACAAUCGUCCAGCAGAUGAGUUUGAAAUUCGGCAGAAGUAUAUCGAGGGUCUGUCAGGUGGUAUUGAAUAGAUGUGCAUGUUUGUAUAAUUAUAGAAUGUAUAUUGUCAAACUAUGAACAAUUUAACAGAUGCACUGGGUUAUGAAUUUGACUUGGAUUAUCGAAAGACGACACUAAAGGCUUUUGUUCUACAAUCAGGUGUCUUAACCUGUGCAGUGGGUUCUACAAACAUCACAGUAUUUUACUAUAAUCAUUUUCAGUAGUCUAACUACCCUUUGUCCUUCAUUGUCAUAAUAAAAAGUAUGCAUGUCUU